AUGCAGAAAUUAGUUGCUGAAUCAUUCAGAGUCAAAGCUCACAUGAUCGUUGAGAGGGAACAACUUUUUAGUAAUGAUGACUUGAAAAGCAAAAUAUAUUUCCCAAAUUAUAUUGUUGUGAGAAGACCUUUAAACACCGAAAUCAAUGAAGCUGGGGAAUGGUAAGGCUUUAUAAAAGAUCUUAAGUACACUAUAAGGACAUCAGCAGUUAAGUCUAAAGCAGAAAUCAUUUAAAAUCUUCACUCAAUUUAAACAAAAAAUAAUCAGAAGCUAGAUGAAGUAAUAGAGCUAAAUUCAAAACAGUUUCCUAAUGAAGGUCUUGAUGCAAAAAUUAGUGCUUUGAAUUAGAAACUUGAUCAAUCAGAGGAGAGUAGCAAAAUAAUAACUUAGAAACUUGAUCAAGUAUAAGAGAAUAGCAAGAAUGAAUUUGAGAAAUAAUCUAAAGGAGUUGAUGCUCUUGAUGUAUAAGUUAAAGGUUUGGAUACAAAAGUUCUUAAAAUAUAAGAUGACAUGGAAUUCAUUAAGAGUUCCCUUACUUAAUUGCUUCAAAAAUAUAAUCAGUGA